AUGUCGUCCUUCGGCGGCGGCGGCGGCGCGCGGUCCAAGGUCACGGGCCUGGCGCCGGGCCCCUUCGGCGUCGGCGUCACGACGGUCCAGUUCGAGGACCGGAGCCGCGACGACGGCGGCGCCUGCCGCAAGCUCCAGACGGAGAUCUGGUACCCCGCGGCGCCGGCGUCGGGGCCUCCGAACCGCUACCGCGACUUCCUCGGCGCCGCGACGCCCGAGAUUAUAGCCGCCGCGGAGAGGCCCGACGCCAUCGGCGGCUACGCCGAGGGCCUCACGAUCGCGGCGCUCGACGCGUCGUGGCCCCAAUCGGCCAUGCGCGACGCGCCGCCGCUGCCGACGGCCGCGCCCUGGCCCGCGGUCGUCUUCAGCCACGGAAGCGGCGCGUUCCGCGCGUCCUACGCCUUCUGGACGGAGUUCCUCGCGAGCCACGGCUACGUCGUCGCCGCCUGCGACCACCCGGGCAGCGCGCGCUUCACGCUCAACGACGGCGCGGUCGUGACGCCCGGCGGCCCGCGGUCGAAGCGGGCGCGCAUGGAGCGCGACCGCGUCGCGGACGUCUUCGCGGUCCUCGACGGCCUCGAGGGCCUCGCGCGGACGGACAGCCGCUUCGCGGGCCGAGUGGACGCGCGGAACGCGGCGGUGACGGGCAUGUCCUUUGGCGGGUGGACGGCGGCGGCCGCGCUCGAGCGCGGCGACGCGCGCGUCAAGGCGGGCGUCCUCAUGUGCCCGUCGCUCGCGUCGUCCGACGGCGGCGCGCUCGCCGCGGGCCACGGCGCGACGGCGCCGGCGCUCGUCGUGAUCGGCGCCGAGGACACGGUCAUCGGCGAGGAGGGCAACGCGGCCGCGCGGCGCUACGCCGCCGACCACGGCGGGCCCGCGGCGCUGCUCGAGAUCGUCCGCGGCGGCCACGUGUCCUUCACGUCCUGCGAGCUCUACAAUCCGACCUACGGCAACGGCAUCGGCCCGUCGAAGUCGCUGACGACGCCGGGCGCGACCUACGAGCCCCUGCCCAUCGCGGACCAGCACGCGGUCGUCAACUCCUACGGCCUCGCCUUCCUCAACGCGCGCCUCAAGCCGCCGGGCCACGCGCUCCGCGAGCAGGCCGGCGACGUCUACGGCGCCGCCUACCUCGAGCGGAACCACUUCAACGACGCCGAGGUCAAGUACACCGAGGUCAAGUGCGACAUCCUCUAG